AUUAAAUUACAGUCUGCGAUACUUUCUAUCGGUAGUUGGUAAUUCUGCCGUUUAUUUGGAAUAUAUCAUUUACUGUGAAGAUGCAAGUUCAGCUUUUUCUUUUAAUUUUAAGUUUAGUAAGCGUAGUAAACUGUGGUGUCUUACCUUAUGGAUAUGGCCACGCUGGAAUACCAGGCCCGGCCCCACUGGCACACUAUGCUCCAGGACCAGCUCCUGCACAUUAUAUAAGUCCAGCUCCAGCUCCAGAACCUUAUGAUGUGAAUCCUAAAUAUUCCUUUGCAUAUGAUGUUCAAGAUGGAUACACUGGAGAUUCCAAAAGCCAACAUGAAACACGUCAUGGUGAUGUUGUUAAAGGAAGUUACUCCUUGGUUGACCCGGACGGUACAAAGCGCACUGUUGAUUAUACGGCUGAUCCACAUAAUGGAUUUAACGCAGUUGUUCGCAAAGAACCGCUUUUUGCCAAGGCUAUAGCACCAGCUCCUGCUCCAGCUCCUGCACCAUUGCAUUAUGCCCCAGUACCUGCGCCUCCAUUGCCUCAUCUCCCUGCUACCUAUCCGGGUCCUCCAGCAUAUCCAGUUCCAUACCCAGCAGGACCACACCUUGGACACCAUUAUCGUCGUUAAGAAGCCGAAUUUAUUUAAUGUAUUCCUUGUUCGUUCACAGAUAUAUGUAAAUAAGUUUAAGAACAUAGUAAAAAAAAAAUUGAAUGAAACUUUUGU